AGCCUGGUUCAAUCAUUACGUACAUUAUUAUUUAUUUAAACCACAUUCUACAUGUCGCUCUCUUAAUCGUAAUUAAGGUUUGACUUCAAAUUAUUGGUACUACUAGCAAUUAGCGUUGGUACUUUUAAGGCUGCAUUUAAAAGUCCAACUAAUAAUAUAGCCAACACAUGCGAACGUUGACCGUAGGCGGGUAUCUACAUAAAACAUAGAUAACAAAGGUUGUUGAAAAACCACCAACAGAUAAAAAUGAAUUGUUACAUAAAUUACAAAAAAAAAACUACAUAACAAUCAUAUAAAAUUGCAGUUAUCUAAUAUUAAGGCUCAAAGAAUGAAGUGUUUACUUACUUUAGUUGUGUUCACAAGCUAUUGGCUGGUAUGCGGUCUUGCAGAACGGAUUUUAGUGUUGGCGCCUCUGUGUUCUAAAAGUCACAAAAUAUCUUUUAUGCCGAUUGUAGAAGCAUUAGCAGAGAAGGGUCAUCACGUAACGGUGGUCACGCCAUUUUCAACCGACAACCGUGUUGAAAACGUCGAUGAGAUAGUUCUUGAAAAUGACAUCUUCAAGGACCUGAACAUUGACUGGUUUAAGAUGCAACGAGAAAGUACCAUUGAAUCCUUUAUACGGACAAUAACAAUGUUCCAGACAACGAUGAAAACCGGCUACGAACUAUUGAUGAGUAACAAAGAAUUCCGCAAAAUUCUUGACUCUCGUGACCUAGAUCUUGUCAUCGUUGACGCAAUCUUGAAUGACUUUGUUUUACCUGUAGUUGAGCAUUUAAAUGUGCCGUACAUUUUCUAUUGCUCGGCUUCAGGUGUACCGUGGGUAAUGGAUGCUGUCAAUGUUCCCCACCAAUAUGCUUCAGUUCCAGGAGGGUUGGGAGAUAACGGUAGCCAGAUGACGUUCAUUGAGCGAAUGGGAAACUUGAUUUCAAUUGAGAUGUUCCUUCUUGUUCGUAAAAUCUUUUGGCUCGACAUAUUAGAUGACAGGAUACGCAGAGAUUUCCCUAAUUCACGAUCCGUUUCCGAAAUUGAGCGCGAUUCUCAGCUUUGCAUCAUCAAUAGCCACCCAGCAACGGCUUGGGCUAGACCGUUGCCUCAGAACAUGGUCCCAAUUCCAGCUUUGCAUACACGGCCAGCGAAACCACUUCCGCAAGUAUGUUCAUAACUUUCACGAACGCCAGUUGGAUUGGCAGUAAUAACAAAUAACUUGUAAAAAGGAUCUACAAACUUUAGCUGAUGGAGCAGAUCAGGGAUUCAUCAUCUUCACUUUGGGCUCUGCUAUUGCAGUA